UUCAAUCCAAAUACAUUUCACAGGCUUUUGCAGGAUGUUUCUAAUGUAAGAUUAGUCUACAUGAGACGUUCAUUUGUCACAACUAAAAUGGAGUUUUGAUAUUUAUAAAGUUGUGGUCUAGCUUUUCUUUAUCUGAACGUUGUGACAAAGAAAGUAACUGUAGCGUACACAUUUAGUGUCGUUUUUUUAUUUAUUUUUUUAGAAAGAAUACAGUAACGUCAGCUUCCACGAUGGAUCGGGACAGAGCUAGUCCCUCCACCAUGCCGGGGUCCCCUGGUCACAACUCUCCUGGUAGCGCCUUACUGCUGGGUCUGAAGAGGGUGUCUGUGCGGCUGGUCGACUGCAGGAAAUCACCAGGGCAGAGUGGAACUGUGAGAGAAGGACACGAGGAGGGAGAUGGAGUUUUGAUUUCAUCAAGGGAAACACCGUACCGUUGUUCUCUCAGUGGGAGGGGCUUAUCAUCUGGGGAGCCUCAACAACAUCAUGUUGCUGACGAGACAGAGAAGAGUGUCUCCAGAUCAGAACAUCUCAAGAAACACCAGCAGGGACGUACAGGGAAGAAACAUCACUACUGCUGCUCUGACUGUGGGAAGAGUUUCACAAGCCAGAGUGGCUUCAUUAUUCACUGUGAUCAGUGUGGGAAGAGUUUUGCUGCAUCUAACACCUUCAAAUCUAAUGUAAGAAUUCAUACAGGGGAGAAGCCUUACCUCUGCCUUGAUUGUGGGAAAAGUUUUGUUAGUGCAGGAGCCUUAACCAUACACCAGCGUGUACACACUAGAGAGAAGCCUUAUAGCUGUGAUCAGUGUGGGAAGAGCUUUCCUCAAGCUUCCUCCCUGACUAGACACCAGCUAAUACACACUGGAGAGAGACCUCAUCUUUGUCUAUGUGGGAAGAGCUUUGAUGUAGCUUCCACCCUGACUGUACACCAGCGAACACACACUGGAGAGAAGCCUUAUAGCUGUGAUCAGUGUGGAAAGAGCUUUGCUGUAUCAGGAAAACUAACUAGACACCAGCGAAUACACACAGGAGAGAAGCCUUAUAGCUGUGGUCAGUGUGGGAAGAGCUUUGCUGUAUCAGAAAAACUAACUGUACACCAGCGAAUACACACAGGGGAGAAGCCUUAUAGCUGUGGUCAGUGUGGGAAGAGCUUUUCUCAAUCAGUAAACCGGAAUUUACACCAGCGAACACACACAGGAGAGAAGCCUUAUAGCUGUGGUCAGUGUGGGAAGAGCUUUUCUCAAUCAGUAUACCGGAAUGUACACCAGCGAACACACACAGGAGAGAAACCUUAUAGCUGUGAUCAGUGUGGAAUGAGCUUUUCUGUAGUUUCCUCCCUGAUUAGACACCAGGCAACACACACUGGAGAGAAGCCUUAUAGCUGUGAUCAGUGUGGGAAGAGCUUUGCUGUAUCAGAAAAUCUAACUACACACCAGCGCAUACACACUGGAGAGAAGCCUUAUAGCUGUGGUCAGUGUGGGAAGAGCUUUGCUUUAUCAGAACACCUAACCAUACACCAGCGUGUACACACAGGAGAGAAGCCUUAUAGCUGUGGUCAUUGUGGGAAGAGCUUUGCUCUAGCUUCCACCCUGACUGCACACCAGCGAACACACACUGGAGAGAAGCCUUAUAUCUGUGGUCAGUGUGGGAAGAGCUUUGCUCAAGCUUCCACCCUGACUAGACACCAGCGAACACACACUGUAGAGAAACCUUAUAGCUGUGAUCAGUGUGGGAAGAGCUUUAAUCAGUCAAGGACCCUGAAAUCACACAAGCUAACACACGCUGGUGAGAAAGAAGCCUUAUUCAUGUGAUCAGUGUGGGAAUUGUUUCAGUCAGUUAUGAACCCUUUAUUCACACCAGUGAACACACACUGGAGAAGGAAACUUAUGCCUGUCUAUGUGGGAAGAGCUUUGUUUAUUUAGGGCCAAUGAGAAAACACCAGAAAGCACAAACUUGCUGUAUUUCUUCUCCCUCCCUUCUGGCACCGGUUCCAGAUCCAUAAAUAAAGGCUCAGUAGAAAACAUCCAGUGAACAGUCAUAUCCAUCUCCCAUUCUUAAACAGUUGCCUCAGUCUGAUCACCAUGGUAACCUCUGGAGCAUAAUAUGCAGCUCUGAUCUGGGAUCAGGUCUCCACUGUGUCUAUGUAAUAUCACACAUUGAUCUAAAUGGAUAAAUGUUAUCAUAGGAAAUGUUAUAGGGAACCUGUGUGUGUGUGUGGGAGGGAUGUUGAUAGUUGUAUAUUCUUCCAUAUACUCAUGAUACUAUUAUUAUGAAAUGUCAUUAUGUAGAAUAAUGUUUCAACAAUAGGUGUAUAUUCAUGUAUUCAAUUGAUCAAUACAUUCAAUCCAUUAUCUUCUAAACAAGAAGUUAUCACUUAAAUUGUGUAUUUUAUAAAUCUGUAUUGAUUAAAAUGAUCCCAAAUCUAAUCCAUAAUAUAUUGGAUAAUUAUUUCCAUGAGUUCAAGGCAAGAACUAUGUAUACUGUGUCUUGUAACAACGGUUAAUGUAAUAACUUUUAGAUUUAUAAUGUAAUAAAACCGGUAAAUGUAAUAUCUUGUUGGUUUAUCUGAUAAAAUGUUGAAUUGUUGUCGUAAUAACCUUUUCCACUUAAUGUAAUAAGUUAUUGGUAUCAGGUAACAACUUUUUAAAAUUUAUAACGUAAUAACUUCAACCGAUCAUGUAAUAACACCUAAACCAAUGUUUAAUGUGUUACUUCACCAAUGUUAAUGCACAUACCACCCUCCACCAAUUACAAACCCACACACACAAACCUAUGCACUUGUACUCUUACACAAACAAGCACGCAGUUAUAGACACAUGCAUUGAUUUAAUAUUUUUUAAAUUAACAAUUAAUCUGUAGUUCUUAUAGUCAAUGAGACAGGGGGUUCGGUCAGGCAAGAGGAAGGAGGAUUGGGAAACUGCAAAUAACAAUAAGCUGAACUCCGCCUAGCAGAAACAUCUUUGGUAUUAGCAACUAUUCAUUAUUAGUUUAUAUUGUAUUAAAGUUAAGGGAUGUCACCCUGGGCGGGGUGAACCAUAGUAGGGGAUAAAAAGAGAAAACACCAUCUUGAGAACUGAGUGUCUUGUUUGUAAAUUGCUGUAAGUGUAAACUCCGGGUUGCAAACCUUAUUAAACAAACUAACCUCUG